AUGUCCAUCACACGCCACAUUGGACACGAGUGGCGUUCUGAAUCGACCGAUUUAGCUGCGGAGUUCAAACUUUCAAGGAAAAUCUCGCGUCGUGUCCGAGUUGUGUCCGAGUCCUUCUCUUCCUCUCACCCACUAGUGACCUCCAUCCAAACUGACAACAUCAGUCUGCUCCAAAUGUCAAACAAGGAUAUGCGUCUCCUGAAACUGAACUUGAAACCUGCGUUGGGGCCCGUGUUGAACAGCGACGAGGCGUGGCAAACCUUCACUCAUAAUCGCCUAAGGCUCUACGAGGGCGUUGAAAAUACCGGCAACCUACACGUUCUUCGGGAAGCAUGCUCUGGUCUCGAGCUGGAAGCACAGAAAGCACACAGGUUUCUGGCCGCCAUCCGAUCUCGACAGAAUGCUCUCCAUCCAAUUUCUUGUCUCCCGCCCGAGAUACUUAGAGAGAUCUUCACAAUAAUAGCCAUGGAUGAGGAAGAAUAUUUACAAAAUCGAGAAGAGGGCCAUGAAUCUAAAAGCCUCCCAGAUUCAGACGUUUCAGAGUCAUGCAAUCUAGGCUGGGUCAAAGCGUGGUAUCCAGAAUCGCUCGUUCGCUCUCAAGGAGCUCCCUUGCUCAUUGACUACAAGUUCCCGGACGAAAACUCCUGCGGAAGUGAUUCUAGCAUCCUUCGCAUUGAAUCCACCCUCGCAGAGCUCCAGCGCGUGAAGGAACUCUCCCUCAGUGGCCCAGCUUCGAAGACAACCCUCAAGUCCCUAGGGCCUAUCUUCACAUCGAAGGGUGCUCCCUUGCUAGAAAAGUUCCGCCUCUCGUUGUCUAGAACAGCCACAGCCAACAAGCCUUUGGAUCUCCCGUCCAAACUAUUCUUAUCCGAAUCGCCUCGCCUACGACAUGUAUCGAUAACUGGACCGGUGGUCAUUCCUUGGAGCUCACCCAUCUUCACCGGCCUCACUUUGAUAGAAAUUUGCAACCCUUCAGGGACAGCACCGUCCAUGAAACAGAUAUCGACUAUCCUCAGUCACAAUCGCCAGCUCAUUGAAUUAUCAGGCGUCGGCAUCUUCGCAUGA